AUGUGAGCAAGGCGAUAGUUGGAUGGUUUUUUUUUUCCUGUUUCCUCCACUGCCUCACCUUGUUAUUUCCCUGAUGCUGGCAUUCCCAUCACCUGGUAAAAUACCUUUCUGACUCACUGCAAGAGAUUAAAAACUUAGCCUACUGACGGUUUUAUCAAGGAAUCCUGUAGACUGGUUAGACUAUUACAGUUUGAUAAGUAUUGAGUCAUAGAGUAUAUUCUCUCUUUGUGUCUUCAAGUCAGAUUCAUCUGUUGGCUGGAUUGACAUAUGAGGCAAGCAUGUAGACUAAUGACGUGACCCAGCAGCAGCAGAAACAACAGCAGCAGCAAUGGUGGCAGCUUCCUUUCAUCGCUCCUACAUCUUCCUAUUGCUCUGGCUGCAGCAAUAUUAUGUGAAUCCAGUACUCGCAAACAAAGAAGUGUAUUUUAACAGCUAUGGGGACUGCUCAAAAAUGGAGCCCUUUGACUUGGAUGACGAGGAGUACACCCUGAAACACAUCGGAGGUACAUUUGCGCACGAGACUUUGGUCUGCAACAUCAGCUUCAAGGCGCCAACAAAAUUUGGAGUUUGUUUGAAGUUUGAAAAGCUUGAAAUCGAAGACUGUAAAGUGCGGAUUAAUAUUUACAGAUUGACCAAACCAAAAGAAAACCUCUGGAGAACAUUUGACUGCCGUCUUGACUCCAUGCCAACACACAUGUGUACAUCUGAACGUGCUGUGAAAAUUCAAGUUAAAAAAUCUGAUCUGAACUCCAACAGAGGAUACAGAUUUGAAAUCGAAGUAGAAAAAAGUGACAAUGUUUCAGACGAAAGUGUUUUAAUAGCAUCUAUUGGAGUCUUUAUCGGCAUCAUUUUGGGAGUAGUCGUUUUUAUUGCCCUUUUAGGCUUAACCAUUGUCUACUGCUGCUGCAAGCGUAGUAACAGACGACAAAAGAGAGCAAGCCCCCUGGCGGAACAACAAACACUAGUACCAACAGCACCACCUUUAGAGUCUUUGUCAAGCCCACCCCAGCUUUAUCCUAAAUUGGAAACACCCUAUAAUCCAGAUUUGCCACCGCCUUACGUCAUGUCAGAUGCGCCCCCGCCUCCUUAUGAAUCGGAGAUCAAUCCACUUUUAAAUCCACAGAAUGACCCAAAGAUAACUUCGCAAUCGUAUCCCCAAACACAAACUAGUGAUGAUGAUCAAACUUUGCCUCUCAAGCAGUGAUUUUGUGACAAAAAUCUAUGUUGCUAAUUAUCUCAGUUUUGAAUGACAGAUUUAACAAAUCUGGACAUACUAACAGCAUUGUAAGUGGUCAAACCAGAAAAACCUUGGAGAGUCUUAUGCUUAGAAGUCAAGGGUCACUAUAUGAUCCAAUUUAGCAUUUUAAGCAGGAAAAAAAGAAGUCUACUAUCAAGGCAUUGAACUCUGACACUGAAAACUGUUUCACCUGAAAGAAACAGAUAUAAUUCCAAGAAAUGUUUUAUUUUGAUUUUUACUGACUCUUGUGUCCAUUUUGAACUUUGUACAUGAUCAACAGUUCUCUAAAUGUUGUGAAUUUCUGUUUUCAUAUUUAUGUUACAGUAUUUUAUUCAAUAAAUUGUGAUGCUUAUAUUUGGUGACAUUUUACAAAACAAUAUUUUAAUUAAUUCAAAUGGGAAUUGUGCAAUUUUUAUACAUCAUAUAUUUUUACACAUUUUUCUUUAACUUAAUGAUUAUAUUAAAAUUUUAAUUGGUUUGAUCUUCUAUAUACAUUUAGAUAGCAAUAAAAUAGAAAAUUCAAUUUCAGCUUUGGAUUUGUCACUAUUGUAACUUAUUUCUUUUAAUUACAUAGUUUUGAAUGUUUUAAAUUGUGUUUCUUCCCAUCUGUAAUUGAGACAAAUGAUAUACAAUGGUCUGCCAUCUUUGAAGUCUUUUUUUUUCUUUGUCAUUUACCAGAAAAAAAAAUGAUCUCAAAAUAGCUGGCAGCAAAUUUUUAUAUUACUGGGUACAAUUUGAAAAAACAACAACAUUAAUCCUAUUCUUUUAUAGUUAACUGACAGGUAAAAUAUGAAAUAUAUUGAUUUGCAAGUUUGAAAAACUUAUUUUCAAGAGGAGAAAAGUGUAUAUAGAAUCUUAUUAUGUGAUUUCUUUAAAAAAAAAUUUUAGUUUUUUGGGGUUUUUUUUCCUCUUAAAACUAUUAGAAUAAACUGCGUGUGUGUUGUAAUUUUAAGCUCUCAAAAUGGCUGUGACAUGUAUAUGACAUAUAUAUUUAUGAAAAGAAGAACAAAAAAUAAUAUGAAUAUUUGUGUUAUAAGUUAUAAUAUUUAGAAGGAAAGUUGUCACUUUUCUUCUGUAUAAUUCUUGCUGUAAGAACUGAUUGAUGUAUUUCAAUAUAUCAAAAUAUUUUUUUGUGUUGUUAUUUUAUUCUCAAUCUAUUGAAGCAUUGAGCUGGUAGAAACAAAUCUAUAUGUAAAUAACUUUUUUUUGAAGUGUACAAUUGAAAUAUAUUUUUAAAUAUACAAUUUUUUUUUUUUUAAAGAAAUUGUAAGUUUUUGUAUCGUGUUUAAAGUUUAAUUAGUUUUAAGAUAGGGAUAAAAAAAUUUUAACCAAUUUGUUUUAACAGCGAUAACAGCGACCUCCCUUUUAAAAGAAAAAGUUGUUUUUUUUUUGUUAUUUACAGGUUGAUAUAAUUAUCUCUUGAUUUCUUUAUGACACCAUUAUUAAACUUAAGAGUAUGAGUUUGAGUUUUUUGGCACAUCGGCACACUUUAGGCCAUGUCGUGCCCACUAAACUUAAGAAUAUUUGUUGCUUAGUAUUAGAUCUUGUAAAAAAAAAUUAAAAACAUAUCAAAUUCAAAUCUGCUAUUGACGUCAAAGUAAGCUGUAAAAACUUUUUUCUAUUUAUAAUGCUAAAUGAAUAUGAAGUUCUAGUCUAACUAUAAAUGUAUCAUUCUCUUGAAUCUAGUUACUUCACAAACUAUGUAUUAGUUUUCAAACAGUAAUUGACUAUCUCCUUACAACAAUGGAAUAAAUGAAAUGGUUGACAAAUGAGAUGUUGGAGGAAGAAGAACAAACUAUUUAAAAAAUGUUUCACUUGAACAACAAUUGAGGUGGUGUGAAAUAGAGAGAAGCACUUGAAUUGUAUUUUUAAAUUCCUUUGAAUAUAAAGCUUAGAACUUUAUAUUUUGGGAUGUGUAACUGGCUGAGUGUUAUAAACUGCUUAACUACCUAGCUGAGGAGUUGUGAGGGUGGGCUUGAGUUUGAAUCCCAAUGUAGACAAAUUUGAAACAGAGUUGUGUUUGCUGGGCGCCUAAAUGGAAAACAUCUGCCAUGUGGCUUGCCUGGUCAUGUGGUCUUUGUGCUUAUGGAGUGUUGUCACGAUGGUCCUGGGUUUGAACCUUGGCUGCCACCAUCCAAUGACGUCCUGAGGGAGCUCUGGGCUAGGAUGUAACAACUUCAAUUCUGAAGAAACAUCAGAAACAUGUCAAACAAAACUUUCCACACAUGUUCAUGAAAGAGGACCAGAGCCUUAAAAACAUGCCAUAUAAAUAAUAUUAAUAUUAUGAUUUGGUUAUAAAAUGUACAGUUAACCCUAUGACCUUAAAGAAAAAUACAAGCUUCUACUUUUUGAUCUAGCAAGCUUUAUUAUAAUCUUUUUAAAAAAGAAGAUAAUUAAUUGAAACUUAGAUACACUGUUUUGUCAUUUCAAUAUUUUAAAAGCCUAUUCUGUCUUUCCUCUAUUGUUAGAUAAUGAAACAGAAAGAAUAAUACCUGAAUCUAAAUUAGAAAUAUAAUCAAACAAUUAGCCUACACUAUAUUUUAUGCUUAAUUUCUUUUUUGCUCUUAUAUAUUUUCUGAUGUUUGUUCAGCCUAAGAGUGUCUAUAAUACAGCUUAAGCUGGAGACAUCUAUUUUUAGAAUAUUUUUAGUUGUUUAAAUAUACAAAUGUUAUUAACAAUCAGAUUUUUUUUUUAUAUACAUAGAUCUGUUUGAGGAACUGGUACAGCCAUAAAAGUUAUAAAUACAUUGUAAAGAAUUUUGAUUAUGAUUAUUUUUGUUUUAUUUUUCCCCCAUCAGAUAUAGAUCUAGAUUUAGUGUUUUAUAGAAAAUUAUAAUUGUUGCAUAUUGACUGACUAAACCAGUAGUUUUCUGUUGUAAGUUACAGCAGUUGAAAAUGUGGUCCAACAAUUAACAAUAAGUCAGCAUCAAGUCCAAAUGUAACCAGCUCUGAAAGCCUAAGGUUGGACAUGACUAGCAAGUUCUUGUGUACAUUGAAUGAUAUCAUGCUCAUUGAAAGAUAAGCUUCUGUUUCUACAUCAUCUCCUCUUGCCCAUAGAUUAGCAUGCAAUUCAUUUAACCACUGCCAGGUAUUUACCUAACACUGAUAGAAACUAUAAUUUAAUAGAAAACAGUCAAUCUGUUUCCCAGGCCUGAAUAGAUCCUCCACGAACUACUGGAAUAAUUAACUAUUAGACCACCAUGUGAACUAAUCUCUCUAAAAAAAAUAAACAAAGAGUUCCGACAAAUAUUCAGAGUAUGCAAAGUGUUCCGUUGGAGAAAAAGUUCUAUUCAAAGAACUAUUUGUAAAUGCAGACUAUAAUCUUUGUGCUUAUUAGAAGGAUGGUGCAGAGUGAGGGAGAGACAGGGUUGGAAUACCCAGAAAUGAACUUAAAUUGUAUUAGAAAGAGGAUAGACAGUUAAGAGAAAUGAAAUGCAGUGCAAUUAAAAUGCAAUGUUUGACCAAAAAUCUAUUUUUAGCUAUCAAAGUAUGGUGCUUAAUGUUAUCCUGACUUUUAAGAAAUAAAGUAUUGUUUAUAUUUAUGAAUGGAACCAAUGUCAUACAUGUCUAUUAGAAUUCAUGAAUAUUAAAAGUUACAUGACAAA